GCGUACCAAAAUGGUAGGCGGUAGCCGGUGACCACGAGUGAUGCAAUUCGCAAUUUGGGAAGCUAGCAAAAUACUAAAGCUACAUUCAUGUCCUCUCUUUAUUAUAUCACUACUGCACUAUCUUUUCAUUUCAUUUCGUCAGCAAUGGAAUCAUCCACCCCUCUCUAUAUAUCUUGUCUCUGUCUUUAAUUAAACAACACAUAUUAUAGACAAUCUUUCUUGUUAUAAUAGGUGUGCCUUUUGCUAAAGUAAAGAAACUAACUACUCUCUUAGCAAGUGCCUGGAUAUCAUUAUAUUAUUAUUAUCACCACAGUUUACAGGACUUGAAGUUCAAAGAAAAUGGUGGAUGGAGAUAAAAACAAGGGUAGGAGUUCGUAUUGGUUAUACUGCUGCACAAAAUGCUUUCAGAAGCCAUCGACCUCAGAAAUAUUGGAACCAGAAGAAAAGCAAGCAAACGGCAACGUUUUAUCUGAUUCCAAGAUAGUUCGGACGAAGAAUCCUGGAGGAUGGAGAGCCAUGCCUUAUAUCUUAGGAAAUGAGACGUUCGAGAGGCUGGCUACUUUUGGGUUGUUUGCAAAUUUUACGGUGUAUUUGAUGAGAAAGUAUCACAUGUCGCAAGUCUCAGUAGCGAAUGUCCUUAAUAUCUGGUUUGGUAUAACCAAUUUUGCACCUCUCAUAGGUGCUUUCAUCUCCGACACUUAUGUGGGCCGGUUUAGAGUCAUUGCUUUCGCUUCCAUUGCAGCUUUUUUGGGAAUGGUGACUGUGACAUUAACAGCAUGGCUACCUUAUCUUCAUCCUCCAAAAUGCCAGCAAGACAUAAAUUGUGAAAGUCCCACAGCAGCUCAAUUGGGUGUUCUAUUCAUGGGGUUAGGACUAUUAACAAUAGGCACAGGUGGAAUUAGGCCUUGUAGUAUUCCAUUUGGUGUUGACCAAUUUGACCCAACAACUGAAGAAGGAAUAAAAGGAAUUAACAGCUUUUACAAUUGGUAUUACACCACAUUUACUGUUGUAAUUAUGAUUACUUCAACAGUAGUGGUUUAUAUUCAAGAUUCUGUGAGUUGGGUUCUUGGAUUUGGAAUACCUACUCUGCUUAUGAUAGGUUCUCUUGCUCUUUUCUUCCUCGGACAAAGAAUUUAUGUGUACGUAAAGCCUGAAGGAAGCAUCUUUUCUUCCAUUUUUCAAGUUUUUGUUGCUGCUUAUAGAAAACGCGGGCUUCAGCUUCCUGACGAGGGAGAGAUUGGCUGUAGGGUAUUCUAUGACCCUCCAACAAAGGUUAAUGAAUUGUCCAAGCUCCCUCUCACCAAUCAAUUCAGGUUCUUAAACAAGGCAGCUGUGAUAGAGAAAAAUGACCUAAACCCUGACGGUUCAUGUGCAAAUCAAUGGAGGCUAAGCAGUGUCCAACAAGUAGAAGAACUGAAAUCUGUGUUAAAAAUUGGACCAGUGUGGGCUACAGGUAUUAUUAGCUUCACUUCAGUAUCACAACAAGGAACAUUUACAGUAAUACAAGCUAUGAAAAUGGAUAGACACCUUGGAUCCAAUUUUCAAAUCCCUGCAGGUUCAAUGGGUGUUAUUUCUAUGAUAACAAUUGCUAUUUGGCUUCCAAUUUACGACAGAAUAUUAGUACCAGCUCUUAGAAAAAUCACUAAGCAUGAAGGAGGGAUUACACUUCUCCAAAGAAUUGGAAUUGGAAUUAUUUUCUCUCUUUUGUCAAUGGUGGUGGCUGGUUUGGUUGAAAGGGAAAGAAGGGCUGCAGCCAUUUUGCAUCCGAACGGUGCACCCAUAUCAGUCAUGUGGUUAGCUCCUCAGCUUGUGCUAAUGGGGUUCUGUGAAGCUUUCAACUUCAUUGGACAGAUUGAAUUUUACAACAAGGAGUUUCCUGAAAAUAUGAGAAGCAUAGCUAAUUCCCUAUUCUUUUGCUCUAUUGCUGGUGCGAGCUACGUUAGUAGUUUGGUCAUCACGAUAGUGCAUAAAGUGACUCGAACUCGAAACCAUCCGGAUUGGUUAACCAAUGAUUUAAAUAAAGGGAAGUUAGAUAAUUUCUAUUUUCUUUUAGCGGGAAUGGGAAUUUUAAAUUUCUUUUAUUUUCUGUUUUGUGCUCGCCGGUAUAGCUACAAAAGCAAUCGUAGUGCUGUAGAAUUAGAAAAUAAUGAUGUGGAGCUAAGUUUGAGCAAUAAAAUUUCUGCUUAAGUUUCAGAUUUAUUGUAUUUUAUAUGUAGAUAAAUUAAGAAGUGGAGGAAAUAAAAGAAAAUAAAGAUUGUAGUUUUAGUUA